GACAAAAACAACCUGAAGUUAGCACGCGGACGGAGCUGUAUCGAAGCAUUCUAAUUUUGGACAUUUGAUCCACCUACAUAUUGAACACGGGAAAUAUAACGCAAUUGAUGUAAACAGUACUUUGUGACGUCAAAUUCAACGUCGUUAUUUAGCAAAUUUACAAACAUAGCGUUUGAACCACAACAAAAACAUGGCGUUAAUCGUGGAGUGAUUAUAUAUGAUUAAGAUUAUAAGAUUUACAUGCUUUUACGGAUUUUAUGUAACAUCUGAGAACGACGUGAACUAGGGUAGACGAGAUUCAAAAUGGAGGAAUACAUGUCCACGCGCUAAUAUUCGAAUCGACGCCAUUGGUACCAAACUUUUCAAGUUCCAUAGAGAUAAAAGGACACCAUGGCACAGUUUGCAGUAAUUGAGCAAGCUAAAAAAUCUCUGAAAACAGUGCAGGAAUAUAUCAAGGUGGGUAUGGAAACCACAUUAGAUGUUGCCCAGGAUUUCGCAGAUAGUAAAAUUGAGAGUGAGAAGGAAGUUGAUAUUUUGAAGAGUGUAAUGAAAGACUAUGUGCAGAUGGAGAGGGAUCUGGAGGACUUCAUGCACUCUGUGGAAGACGUGACGAAGCAGGCAGCCCAAUGCGAGGAGACUGUUGAUUUAGAGGACGAGGUCGAGAAGAAGCUAGAGGCCUACAGAAGCAAAAGUCAGAAGGUUCCUCUUGAAAACCAUCAUAAAUUUGUGGACUUGGAAGAAAAAAUUACAGAUAUACUUGAACCAGACAGACGAGUAGGAGCGGUUCCUCAAACAUAUACAGGUGACGAAGAAAUGGUCCUGACCCAGUCUGACAUCAACACCAGGUGUCCUUACACAGGGAAAGACAUGGUCAACCCGGUCACCAACAAACACUGUGAGCACAACUAUGACAGGGAGGGGAUUUUACACUACAUUAAAACCAAGAAAAAUAGGGCAAAGUGCCCCGUAGCUGGGUGUAUGAAUGAAAACCCCAUUCAGAAGGACGAUUUAGUUGAGAAUAAAGAACUCAGGAGAUACAUCGAGAGGAAAAUACGCCAAGAAAAGAGAGCGAAGAAAACAAGUUGAUGACGUUCAGAGAAAUUAUAUACCAGUCUAUCUAUAUCAAAGGUCAUUGAAGAUGCAAUUGUUCAUUUGCUUUAGGGGCCAUUGUUAUAAACAAUGAACAUUUAACUGGUGCCCGUACUCUGCUAUAUUGGAUAUUAAAGGUUGACGAAAACCAAUUUUAUGUUUUACAUCAAGUAAAUUAUUGAGGAUGCGGGAAAAUACACAAAUUCUAAAUAGUGACUAGGAUAAAAGAUGUUACGGUAUUAAAUUUGUAGCCAUCCAAAUAUAUAAAGUAGUUUUAUCGGUGUGAAAUAAAACUCCCAGAAGGUUAGACAGAUUCACAUGUAUCAUGUCCUUGCCAAUUCAAUUUUCAUUCCGGAAACCGAAAUGUUGAAAUACAGUAUCUUAGAUUUUGGCAUAAGAAUUUACGCUGCGUUUAGUUUUAUAUUUGACAUUUCUGAUUGGACCAACUUUUGAACAACUGCAUUGUGCAGUUGAUGUGAUGCAUAGAAUUUUUUUUUUAGGUCAGCUUUAAGAAAAAUCAAACGUGUGUAUAUUUUGUGCAAUAUACUAUUCUCUGGUGAAGAAAAAUCAAACAUUGUUACAUGUUUUAUCCUUUACUGUCUUUUAAGGAGGUAGGAAUGUGUUGUACCCCAAGUUUUAUAGAUAAUAGACAGUCUGUCAAAAAAAUUAAAUUGGGAAUAAUAAAUUUUACAAUAUAUGA